AUGUUACUUACAAUUAUUGUAAUUAUAUAUAAUUUACGUCCAAUUGUACCUGCUUCUUUUUUGUCACUUUCAAUAAUUCCAUAUGUAACAUGUUCAUUAUUAUUACAUGCUUCUGGUAUAAUUUUACCAAAAAGACAGAUUGAAAAUAUAGAUAAUAAGAUGUUUUCAACAUAUAUGAAAAUUUGUCUUUUUGUAUUUGAAAAUUGUUCAAAUGUCAAGAUAUAUGUAUAUGGUGAUUAUGAUGAAAUAAUAAAAAAAGAAGAAAAAGCAAUUGUUCUUUCUAAUCAUCAAUCCUCUGCAGACUGGGUUGUUUUUAGCAUUCUUUCUAAUCGUCAAAAUACAGAUUAUGGUCUUCGAUUUAUUGUAAAAGCAUCACUUCAAUAUGUUCCACUUUUUGCUUGGUAUGUUUAUCAAAGAGGUUUUGUUUUUGUAAGAAGAUUUGGUUCAUUUGUUUUGGAUCCUGUUGAGAGGCAACUUAAUUAUCUUUCAACUUUAGGAUCACCUUAUUGGCUUUGUAUAUUUCCAGAAGGAACAAGAUUUAAUGCUAAAAGUUUUACCUCUAUAGAUAAAACACAUGACUGGUGUAUUCAACAAGGUAUUCGUGCAUUUAUGAAUGUUGGAAGACCAUACUCAAAAGCAUUUACACUUUCUUUUAAUAAUCUUAAUCAACAUAUAGAUGCAGUUUAUGAUAUUACAAUUGGUUAUAAUAGUACUGAUAAAAUGCCUAUAAGAGGUGAACCAUUAAAUAUGUUUGAUUUAUGCCUUAAAGCAGCAGAAAAUAAGUCAAUACAUAUUUAUAUCAAAAAACAUCAUCCUGAUAGUAUACCAAGAAGUAUGUCUGGUCAUAAAGUAUUUAUGAUAAAAAGUUUUGAAGAAAAAGAAUUGUUGAUGGAAAAAUUUUAUGAAACGGGAAAUUUCUCUGAUCAAUCUGGGAAAUUAUUAGAAACAAUAUCUCUUUUGGAAACACUACCAUGUGUAGUAUUAUAUACACUACCAAUAAUUGCAUCUUUUUAUUCUUCUAAUGUUAGAAAAUGUUAUUUAACAUCAUUAGCUUUAUCCCCAUUUUUAAUUUUAUGGACACGUUUAUAUAGAAAAUUAUAA